AUGUUGAAGUUGUGGCUCGGGCUCGCGCUAACGGCUGAUUCAUCGGCUUUAUUCAGGGAUCGUAAUAGUUUUGGGAUGAAUCUAAAAAGACCAUCGGAGCUCUACAAACACCUAAGAGUUUCCAAGAGACAUAUCCUGGGAAAAUCCCAUGAUGACGUCGUUACAUCACUCCCAAAAGACAAUGAUGCCCCAGAGCUAGAGUCACGACUUCAAUUCCAUAAACAAUUUAUGAUCGGAGCGCAAAAUAACAGAGUAGGGUUAGGAUCAAGUAGGAAAGUCCAAGAUACGGAUAUAUUGAAGUCUUUUAUUCGGCAAGACGAGAACGAUAAAUACAAGAUCCAUGCAAUGAGUUUAGAAAUGCAGAACGAGUGGUUAGACAUAGGAGAUUUUUGCAUUCCACUAGCACUAAAAUGGCGCACCCUAAUUCAUGACUGGUCGCCAGCCUUGCUAAAAUUUUAUCUCAAUGCGUUCCAGAUGACUCUCCCAGAUCAGAGUAAUUUAGUAAGAUGGGGUAAAGGUACCGAAAAAACUUGCUAUAUCUGCGGAAAGGCAGUUGGAACUGCCAAGCAUUUGCUGGUGGGAUGUAAGGUUCUCCUGGACAGCGGUCAAUACUCGCGUCGUCACGAUAGGGUUUUAGAGAUCAUACGUGAAGCGGUUAGUCUUUCGGUAGCCAGAGCGCAAAGGGAAAUAACCACAAACGAGCGAUCAAUAGGUUUUGUGAGAGAGGGCACCAGGGCUAUAAAAUCAAACGUCAAGCCUUACUCUAUCCUUAAAGCGGCUUCGGAUUGGACUAUCAUGAUGGAUACGUAUGAGAAACAAUACAAAAUCCCCGAGGAUAUUUGUGCGUCGGCCUCCAGACCAGACAUAUUUCUAUAUUCGCGUAUUUUAAAGCGCGUUGUGAUGAUAGAGCUUACGGUGCCUUGGGAAACCAACAUCCCCAAAGACCAUGCCAUCAAGGUCAAUAAGUAUUACGAGCUCACUAACGAACUAACUCGAAAUAGGUUCGUCGUUGAUUUGUACGCGGUAGAGGUGGGAGCGAGAGGUAUAACAGCUAAAUCUCUCUAUAACCUACUAAAAGACUUGGGCCUGUCCAGAACUAACAUUAAUUCAUUCUUAGAACGUACGUCGAAGGCAGCCCUAGUAGGUUCUUUUCAAAUUUGGUUAGGUAGGGAGAGGAACUUGGACAGUGGAGGUGAGCGUAUAACGCGCGUUAGUUAA